AUGAACAAGACGGACAGAGAUUCUGUAAUCGAGUAUGCCACUCAGCUUAAACAGCUGGUGCAUGAUCCUCACAGCUUCCUAACCGAACUUGUCGUCCAGCAGCAGCAGUAUUACUGCAUUCGCUGGCUCUGUUACUUUGAUGUACUUUCUUUCGUUCCACUCCCUCCCAAGGCCAUUUCUUACGAUCAAGUCGCCAUCCAAGCCAAAGUCCCAUUGUCAACUCUCCAAUCGGUCGCUCGCAUGGCCACGACGGCAGGGUUUCUCUGCGAAACCAAGGACGGAAGACUUUCGCAUAAUGAGCUGUCUUGUCACUUUGCUACCGACGUUCACAUGCGAACACAGCUUUUGUACAUGUUCAAUCAGACUGUCCCUGUCAUGGCUGCGCUGAAAGACGCCACUCAGCGAUGGGGCAGCACGUCUGCGACGAAUGAGACGGCGUAUAACAUUGUCUACAACACGGAUCUCCCUUUCUUCCAGUAUCUCAAGACUCGUAAUGAUUUGAACGAGGGAUUUCAUGCUUACAUGAAGAGUCGGGCCGUGUCUCACACCGGUUCCAAUGUUGAGCAUCUGCUUGGCGCGUUCGAUUGGAACAAUCUUGGACAAGCUACGGUCGUAGAUAUUGGCGGUAGUAGUGGCUCGACAUGUGUCAUGCUAGCCACAGCAUUUCCCAGUCUCAAUCUCGUGAUUGAAGACCUCCCAGAGCCCAUCCAGAACGCUCGCACUCGCAUGUCAGACCUACCGGAGGACAUCAAGAGCCGCAUCGACAUCAUGGAAUAUGACUUUUUCACCCCUCAGCCCAUCAGGCAAGCUGACGUAUACCUCCUUCGCACCAUCCUCCACGACUGGCCUGAUGCCGAUGCUGUCAAGAUUCUGCAGGGUGUGGUGGAAGCCAUGGGUCCUUCCAGUCGCCUGCUCAUCAUGGAUAUGGUCUUGCCUCAGCCGGGAUCAGGCUCCAAGACGUUUGAGGCGGCGCUCAGGCAGAAGGAUCUCACCAUGAUCCAGACUUUUAACGCGAAGGAGCGAGAGGUGGCGGAGUGGGCUGCUCUUCUUGCACAGACGGAUCCGCGUUUGAAGAUUCGAGCGAUUGAGAGACCUGCUGGAAGUGAGUUGUCAGUUAUUGAGGUUGUCUUGGAGGAAUUGAUUGUAGAUGAGUUGUCGUGGCAUGCGUUCAGUGGGUAG